CUCAAACAUCUUCCUUCAUCUCCUCUUCAACGCUACUUUAUCUUUCCACCUUCUACUUUCACCUCUGUUUCCACAGAAUAUACAUAUUAUUACUUGUUUUCUCGCUAUAAAACUUCAUCUUUCACUUUAUUUAAGACCACAUAACAAGACCAACUAUUUGGAUUGAACAUUCUGAUAUUUGUAUCCAGUUUCAGGAACAAUCUUGAUAUUAUUAACAUAUUUAGGCAUAUAUUAACAAACAGAGAAUUACAUCAAGAAGCAUACUAUGGCCUUAGAGCAGCUUUUCCAGGAGCAAAUAACAGACACCAACUUUGACGAACACGAUAUUUCGUUGGAGAAGUGUAAGAGAGUUGAUGAUAAGCUUGACGACAAUGUCUCUGGAGGUUUUGAGUGUAAUAUAUGCUUGGAUCUUGUACAUGAUCCUGUUGUUACAUUCUGCGGUCACUUAUAUUGUUGGCCUUGCAUCUACAAAUGGAUUUAUUUUCAGAGCAAACCGACCGAAAAUACUGAUCACCAACAGCCACAAUGUCCUGUUUGCAAGGCUGAAGUCUCACAGAAAACGUUGAUUCCACUCUAUGGUCGCGGCCAAGCUACAAAACCAUCUGAUGUCAAGGCCCCCAAUCUUGGCAUAGUCAUACCACAAAGGCCUCCUAGUCCGAGAUGUGGGGGUCACACAUUGAUAGCACCUACUGAUUCAUAUCGAUCCCAUCAACUUCAGCAGUCUCCAACACAUCAACCUUAUACUUCUAGCUACAUGUCCGAACCUAUGCUAAGUCCUGGUGGCACCACAACAGGGGAAUUGGUUUAUGCGCGGAUGUUUGGAAACUCAUCAACUACUUUAUAUACAUAUCCAACUUCAUAUAAUUUAGCAGGCAGCAGUAGUCCAAGGUUAAGAAGGCAACUAGUACAGGCUGAUAGAUCACUUAGCAGAAUCUGUUUUUUCCUAUGUUGUUGUUUAGUGACAUGUCUUCUCUUGUUCUGACCACCUUCUCCGCUUGCUAAUACUUUGUAAAAAUACUUAGUUUUUGUAAUAGAUGACAACUUCAAAGUGAAAUUUGAAGUUUUCAUAACCAAACACUAAUUUCGAAAAGAAAAAAAACAUUCGAAAAAAGGUGAAAUUUUUUUUAUGGCCA